AUGGCCUACACCCCUAUGGAACAACCUUUGCAGUUUUCAGUAACACGCAUUGGCCAGGACUUGAAGAUAUUCGAAAUUUUAACAAACGCUGGUCCACAAAGCCUCCAAGAGUUACAAAUACUGACGCACGCGCACCCCAUCACCCUCGCGCUAAGUUUGACAGGACGUCUGCUUCGAUACAUGUCCUCUGUGGGACUUAUCCACGAGACUGGCGUAAAUCAAUUCGAAGCCAGCAAGAAAAGUCAAAACCUGGCGACUCCGGAAGCCGAAAAGAUUGUCACGCAUUUCUUUGAGAACUGCGGACCUCUUUUUCAAGAGAUGCCUGCUUUCUUGCGCUCGAAAAAAUACCAGGAUAUUACCGAUGGCCAAAACACGGUAUUUCAACCCGCAUAUAAUACUGAUUUAGACACAAACGAAUGGUUUUCCCAGAACCCACUGCAUAUGGGUGCUCGAAUCAAGUACAUGGCUAUGGAGCAGGCCGUCCGAGGCCGCUGGUUAAAUGUGUAUCCCAUCCAAAGCCAAUUGAAGGGCUGGAACCCAGAGCUUCCAGCUUUCGUGGAUGUUGGUGGGAGCGUUGGGCACUACUGCACGAUGUUCAAGAACAACUUUCCGGAUGUCCCCGGCCGAGUUAUCUUGCAAGAUCUACCGGAUACCCUCAGUCAUGCCUUGAAGACCCCUGGCGUUGAACUCAUGGGUCAUGACUUCUUCCAGCCCCAACCCAUCAAAGGCGCUAAGUUCUAUCACCUCGGAUGGAUUCUUAACAACUGGAACGAUGAUGAGUCGAAGCAGAUCUUGCGUCAGAUCAGGUCGGCAAUGAACGCUGAGUCUGUGGUAUUAAUCAACGACGUGAUUUUGCCUGAAGCCGGAGUUCCGUCCUUUGCAGCUUCGUUAGACCUGGUAAUGCUAGGUGCUUGUGGUUCUCGUGAGAGAAUGAGAAAAGAGUGGGAUGAGAUACUGGCAGAUGUUGGCUUGAUAGUCAAGGACUGCAUCGUCUACCAUCACGAGCUUUGUCAUGGUAUAAUUGGGGCGAAACUGGCUUAA